AUGGCCUCCUCCUCCGCCACCGAGCUCGACCAGGACGCCGAGCUCGUCUACAACUACCACCGCAUGCACAUGGCCCUCUCCCCCGCCGACGUCAUCUUUUGCCUCGGCAGCCUCGACAUUCGCGUCGCCGCGCGCGCCGCCCAGCUCUUCCUCGACGGCCUGGCCCCGUACCUCGUCUUCUCCGGCCAUUCCGGCAAGCUCACGCGCGACGUCUUUGACCGGCCCGAGGCGGAAAUCUUUGCCGACGUGGCGCGCGGCAUGGGCGUGCCGCCGGAGCGCAUCCUCGUCGAGCCCGCGGCGACCAACACGGGCGAAAACGUGCGCUUCACGCACGCGUUGCUGGUAGAAAAGGGUCUGACGCCGCCGCGGUCGCUGAUUCUGGUGCAGAAGCCCUACAUGGAGCGGCGAACGUGGGCGACGUUUAAGAAGCAGUGGCCGGACGAGGAGGCGGUGAUUGCGGUGACGUCUCCGCAGCUGAGCUUUGCAGAGUAUUCGGACGAGGAUAAUCCGAGGGAUCUGGUGGUGAAUGUCAUGGUGGGAGACCUGAUGCGGAUAGAAAAGUAUCCAAAGCUGGGAUUCCAGAUUGAGCAGGAGAUUCCGCCACCAGUGAUGGAGGCCGCGCAGCGAUUGAUUGCAGCAGGCUACAAUAAGCAUCUCCCAUAA